ACGUCAUGUUAAGCAGCCAUAUUCCUGUCGUGACGCAUGCGUAUUUAUCUGAAAACGAGAGUCGACAGUACCGGGAUUGGAAUUGAAGCCAUUUGUGAGGGAUUUUCAUAUUCCAAUAUAUCUUUCAUAGGACAGAAUUAUGGCAAAACAAGAACAAGUAUUAAUAAUAGAGCCACAGCAUGAACUAAAAUUUCGAGUUCCCUACAUUUAAAUUUCAGGCCCAUUUACAUCACCUGUUACAUCUUAUAUGAAAUUAACAAAUCCGUCUGAAAAGAAAGUCUGUUUUAAAAUUAAAACAACAGCACCAAAGAAAUACUGUGUACGGCCAAAUUCAGGAGUUUUGGAUGCAAAGGGAAUAAUUGAUGUUGCAGUUAGUCUACAACCAUUUGACUUUGAUCCUAAUGAAAAAAGCAAACAUAAAUUCAUGGUUCAAACGAUGAUCGCACCGGAUGGGGAAAUAAGUAUGGAUUCACUGUGGAAAGAUGUAAAUCCAGACAACCUGAUGGAUUCAAAACUGAAAUGUGUGUUUGAAAUGCCAGUGGAUCCGGCAACAACGGGGCCACAAGAAAACAAUGUAGACGUUUCACCGGCUGUACAUGAGGAAAAAGCAAAGAGGAUUGGAGACGGUGUUAAAGCUUCUCCUAAGCCUAAUUCCACAGUGGAGGGUGAACUCUUGAAGGCUGCUGCAGAAGUGAAACAUUUACGAGAAGAAGAGAGCUCACUAAGGCAAGAGAAUCUCCAACUAAAGGAGGAGAUCCUCAGACUGCGCCGCUCACCUGCUGUGGCAGCACUCGACUCAACUGCACCCAUCCUGGCAUCUGGAACUGCUGUUACUACAGCCUCUCUUCCCAUGAUGUAUGUAGUGCUUGCCCUUUUCAUGGGACUGGUUGGGAUCAUACUCGGAAAAUUCUUGCUCUGAAUAUUCAACUGCAGCAGCACUAUAAAAAAAAUUUGUGAGUCAGUCUGCGUGUGCCACUCACCCACCCCUCUUCCUCUCAAUGCCAUGUUACAUUCUCAUUUUCUUCAUUAUUUUUCAGGUCACAUGCCUCCCUUCCUAUAAAAUUGCCUUGAGUAACUGUGACAUAUUCUCCUGCCACACAUCUGUUCUAGAUUUCUGUACAUCUUUUUGCUUUUAAUCCUCAUUUUAUGUGUGCUGGAGAGAGGAAGCUGGGAUUGGAGAGAAAAUCUUUAAUAAUUGUUUACAAGCCAAGACACUUCACCAUUCAAAGGUGUCCCCAAACUUUUGACUUUGUUAAUUUUGUGUGGGCGACUCACAUUGAAUGGCUUACCAUUGUUUGUACAUAAUGUGUUAUAUAGGGCAAAAUUCAACAGCAAGGUAGCACUGUUUGAAGUUGAAUUAUGAGGGAAGUGCACCUUUAAUUUAACAUUUGCUAGAUGGGCUGUGUGAAGCAAAUUAGAUUGUUCAUAUGUAGAAUAAGCUUUUCCUGGCAGCAAGAUUACACCACCCAAUUGCUUGUUCUUUCCUGUAUAUUUUUUCCCCCCUACAUAUGUAUUAGUAUUCCCAAUUUCUACAUAAUUGUUAAUUGUAAAGAGACUGACAUUUUAUGAAACUACUCUGGGAUGGAUUCAUACCUUCACUGUAUUUGAAGUUGGUGUUCGUUUUUACGUAAGUUGAAUUCCUGUACAGUUAAACCUGAAAUAUGACAUUUGGUGGUCCAGAAGUGGCAGAUAAAAGCAACGAGUUUUAUGGCCUUCUCAUAAGAGGUUUUUUUUAAAUUCUGAUCCAGCAAAUGUCUUAUAUUUGGAUUUAGCAUGACAUUAUAGUUUCAUAAUUUUGUUAAUACAGAUACUGUAUGAAAUAAAACUGAUAAAACUGGAAUAA